AUGCUCGACUCGGCGCUCCGAGUCGUGCUCGGCACCAUGACCUUCGCGGGGCAAACCUCGCCGCGGGAUGCGGCGACUAUGCUGCGGACCUUCCUGGGCGCGGGCCACGUCGAGAUCGACACGGCGCGCAUGUACAUGUCGGGAGAGACGGAGUCGUGCAUCGGCGCCAUCUUCGACGAGGAGCCCGCGUUGCAACGCCUCAAGACGUCGACGAAGGCGAACGCGUUCCAGGGAUACGACAAGAGCCUCGACGCGGCGUCCGUCGAAAGGCAGAUGAAGUCGAGCCGCGCGGCGCUGCGCGGCGCGCCGGUGCAGAUCUACUACCUGCACAACCCCGACGGCGCGACGCCGAUCCUCGAGACACUCGAGGCCGUGGACGCGCUCCACAAGGCCGGCGCGUUCGAGGAGCUCGGGCUGUCCAACUUCGCCGCCUGGGAGGUCGCCCACAUCUACCACCUCUGCGCGGCGAAGGGCUUCGUCAAGCCCAGCGUGUACCAGGGCAUGUACAACGGGUUGACGCGCGACGUCGAGCGCGAGCUGCUGCCGUGCCUCCGCGCGCUCGGCAUGCGAUUCUACGCCUACAAUCCGCUCUGCGGCGGGUUGCUCGCCUGCAAGCACACGCGCGCGUCCCUCGCGGACCUCGACGACGGCUCGCGCUUCCGCAAGGACAACACGAUGUACCGGGAGCGCUACCUCCAGGACGUCCAGCUCGCCGCCGUCGACGCCUUCCAGGCGGCCUGCGACGCGUCCGCGACGCCGCCGGUCCACGCGGCGCUGCGCUGGAUGAGUCACCACUCGAAGCUCGCUCCGGGGGACGGCAUCAUCAUCGGCGCGUCCAAGGUCGCCCACCUCGAGGACAACCUCGCCGGGCUCGGCGGCGGGCCCCUCGACGACGGCGUCGUCGCGAGCCUCGACGCGGGCUGGGCGGCCGUCAAGGCCAGCGGCCUCUGCCCGUCCUACGAGCGCGGCACGUCCAAGUACUAG